AUGGCGGAUGUUGCUCUCAUCGCUCAUCUUCUCAGCCAAACACUCAGCCCCGACGCCGCCGCAGUUCGUGCCGCCACCGAUGAGCUUGAUCGCCUAUCUCCCACUCCUCACUUCCCUUUCCAUCUCCUCUCAAUUUCCACUGGAGGAGAAAAUCAAGGUCAGAAAAUUGCUGCUGCCACUUAUCUGAAAAACCACACUCGCCGGAAUGUUGAUAGCAGCGGCGCCACACCUUCUAAUGUCAGCAAGGAAUUCAAAGACUUGCUGAUGCAAGCUUUACUUCAAGUUGAAUUUCCUGUUCUCAAGAUCUUAGUUGAAGUGUUCCGAGUUGUUGCUGCUGCAGAUUUUGUUAAACAGAGUCUCUGGCCGGAUCUUGUGCCUAAUCUGCAGUCUGCUAUUCAGAAUAGCCAUCUUAUCAACGGUUCAAACUCCACGUGGAAUACAAUCAAUGCACUUAUUGUUCUUCAUGCGCUUAUUAGACCUUUUCAGUAUUUUUUGAAUCCCAAAAUUGCGAAGGAGCCCGUACCGCCCCAAUUAGAGCUCAUAGCCAAGGAAAUUCUUGUGCCCUUGCUUGAUGUAUUCCAUCAAUUUGUUGGAAAGGCUAUAGCAAACCAUGGCAGUGCAGACAUAGAAACUGAGAAAGCCAUCCUCACUAUAUGCAAAUGCCUACAUUUUGCAGUAAAGUCCUACAUGCCAUUGACUCUAGCUCCUCUUCUGAACUCAUUUAGUAGGGACCUAAUGAGCAUUUUGAGUUCUCUGAGCUUUGACUAUACAGUCACUCAAGAAGAUGUAUAUUUGACAAGAUGGAAGUCUGGGAAAAGAAGUCUGCUUAUUUUCUCGUCCCUUGUCACCCGGCACAGGAAACAUUCUGACAAGUUAAUGCCAGAUAUUAUAAAUAAUGCUCUAAACAUAGUCAAAUAUAGCAAAAAUACCAGCAGACUUCCUUUCAUCUUAGAAAGAAUCCUCUCCCUAGGUUUUGAUGUAAUUUCGAAUGUGCUGGAGACUGGCCCUGGAUGGCGGUUAGUUUCUCCACAUUUUACAACUCUAUUGGAAUCUGCAAUCUUUCCAGCAUUGAUAAUGAAUGAGAAAGACAUGUCAGAGUGGGAAGAAGAUGCUGACGAGUAUAUACGGAAAAAUCUUCCAUCGGAUAUUGACGAAAUUAGUGGAUGGAGGGAGGAUUUAUUCACUGCCAGAAAAAGUGCAGUAAAUUUACUUGGUGUUAUAUCAAUGUCAAAGGGGCCACCAAUGGAGGCUUCCACAGACAGUUUAUCAGCCAAGCGUAAAAAGGGCCAAAAGAACAAAAGAAGCAAUCAGCGCCGUUCUAUGGGGGAGUUAUUGGUGCUUCCUUUUUUGUCUAAGUUUCCCAUUCCUUCUGACUCCAACUUGUCUAAAAAAAAAGUCCUGAAUGAUUACUUUGGCGUACUGAUGGCAUAUGGCGGUCUGCAAGAAUUUUUGAGAGAUCAAGAAUCUGGCUUUGUGACAAUUCUCAUCCGGACACGGAUUUUGCCACUGUAUACCAUAGCUGUUUCUGUACCACACCUCAUUGCAAGUGCAAACUGGGUACUUGGAGAACUAGGCUCCUGUUUACCAGAGGAGAUGAGUGCGGAUGUAUAUUCUCAAUUGCUUAUGGCAUUGGUUAUGCCGGAUAAGCAGGAUACAUCUUGCUAUCCUGUGCGGGUUUCUGCUGCUGGGGCAAUAACUACACUACUUGAUAAUGACUAUAUGCCCCCUGAUUUUCUACCCCUUUUGCAAGUAAUAGUUGGCAACAUUGGAAAUGAUGAGAAUGAUAGCUCCAUCUUAUUUCAGCUUCUCAGUUCUAUCAUGGAAGUUGGUGAGGAGAAAAUUUCAGUUCAUAUCCCACACAUCAUCCCAUCUCUCGUGGGUUCAGUCUCAAAAUGGUUAACUUCCAAUUUGGAGCCUUGGCCUCAGGUGGUUGAGCGUGGAAUCGCUACUCUGGCAGUUAUGGGUCAGACAUGGGAAGACUCUAGGCCUGAAGUAUCUGAUUCUGAAUCAAAUGAUUUGCAAGAAAAAUGGGCUGCAGAUCAGGCGGCAAUUGGCAGAGCUUUUGCUGCACUGUUGCAGCAGGUUUGGCUAACACCUUUGUCCACACAGGAUCAACAAAACCAGAAUUCUCUGACCUCAUCAUGCAUAGAAGAUUUGUCAACUUUGCUACGAUCUGUCAUGCUUUCUAUUGAUUCAAGCCACUUGAUUCAAGAGCUGAAAGUGUCAGAGCUGCUGCCAGUUUGGGCUGAAAUGAUUGCAGAGUGGCACGCAUGGGAAGAAUCAGAAGACUUGUCGAUUUUUGAUGUGAUUAAGGAAAUCGUGAAUUUAGAUCGUACAUAUAGGCUGAAAAACUUUCUUGUAAAAGAGGUUCCACCCCCUCCAGCUCCACCUGUGCCUGAACGUUCAAUUGUAGAAGGAAUUAGCACUUUUGUUAGUGAGGCCAUUAAGCAAUAUCCUUCUGCCACAUAUAGAGCUUGCUCCUGUGUCCAUUCAUUACUACACUGUCCGACCUACUCAAUUGAAACUGAAGGUGUAAAACAGUCAUUGGCAAUUGUUUUUAGUCGGGCAGCCUUCUCUCGCUUUGUUGAAGUUCGAAGUACGCCCAGUUCACUCUGGAAGCCUCUAUUGCUUGCUAUAUCUUCAUGCUAUUUGUGUUAUCCUGAAAUUGUAGAAGGUAUUAUUGAAAAAAGUGAAGCGGGAGGCAUCACAAUUUGGGCAUCUGCAUUGUGUCAAGUAUCCAGUAGCUCCUUUGAGGCUGCUGGUCUGACAACAGAGUCAGAGAUGAAGUUAAUUGUGUUGACACUGGCGCGGUUGAUUGAGCAACUUCUGAAACAAGGGAAGCCGUGUUGUGAUUCAUUUCACAACUACUUAACUUCACUAAUGGAGGUAUCCAUUCAGUUGAAAGAAUUACAGGAUGAGAAAGGAGAUGAAGAAGAAGUUGAAGAAGAUGAUGAUGAUGCCGAGGAUGAGGAUAGUGACGAUGAUGACUCUGAAGAUUAUGAUGAGGACUCCGAGGUUGAAGAAUAUGAAGAGACACAAGAAGAAUUUCUUGAAAGGUAUGCUAAAGCUGCCGUGGCACUGGAAGAUGAUUCAGUCAUUGAAGAGGGGGAUGUUGAAGAUGAAGAACUAGAUAUGGAAUUAGGUCAAUUACUUGAUGUUGAUGAGCAAAAAGUUGUUUUGUCUUUGAUAGACAAAUACCAUCACGUGCUUAUACAAGGACAAGGCAUGCCCUCGCAGCUCAUCACGAGUUUUCUGGAUGCCUUCCCUGAGCAUGGUUUGUAUUUCCAACAAAACUGA